UUCUUCUGCUGGCUCAUAGAUGAUGAAGAUUUUAUAUGUCUGUUGUAGUUUUGUAGAGGAAACGUGAGGAAGUGUUUGUGAAUUGAUAGAAAUUUUUAGGUCACAGUAACGGCAAAACUUAUUGUUCGUGUCCAUGUCAAAAAUGUUCAACUCUCAAACCCUUCUCUUAUGUUUUUGCCUGCUAUCGGUAAGUUUUGACGAAUCAAACAGGUUUUAAAAGCAAAAAGACGCCGUUGCCGGGGAUCGAACCCGGGUCACCCGCGUGACAGGCGGGAAUACUUACCACUAUACUACAACGACUCGGAUGUUCUUCUUGCGAAAACAAUAAACCUAAGUGUAAACCGCUAAACCUUACAAGGUCACUUCUCUCUUGUUCGAUAAUUUGCCAGUUCUCCCUGUGCUAGUAGCUUCACUGGCAGAAUACCAAAAUGUUCGCGACGAGGAAUCUCUCGAGAACUUGUAGACGCUCUCUAUCGUCUCUCCUUCAAUCCGAUUCCUCCAGGAAUCUUGUUUUGCUAUCGAACCAUGUUACAAGCAAUGUGAUGCUUCAGCCUGGUAGCUCCAGUGAAUGCAACUCCAACUCGUCUCAGCCGUUGAUGCACCAAAUCUUUAAAGGAUGGUCACGAACCAUGUCAACAUCGAGAGGAAGGAGCAUGAGGAGCAAAGUAGAGAGUAGAAUGCGUAAAGAAUCUGGUAAGACGUUAAGAGAGAUUAGGAGAGCCAAAAAGCUGAAGAAGAAACUCAUGACUGAUGAAGAAAGACUCAUCUACAACCUCAAAAGGGCGAAGAAGAAAGUCGCGCUUCUGUUACAAAAACUCAAGAAGUACGACCUACCUGAGCUGCCAUCACCGGUUCAUGACCCCGAGCUUUUCACACCCGAGCAGAUCCAAGCGUUUAAGAAAACCGGUUUCAAGAACAAGAACUAUGUUCCCGUUGGUGUCCGUGGAGUCUUUGGAGGAGUGGUGCAAAACAUGCAUAUGCACUGGAAGUUUCAUGAGACGGUGCAGGUCUGCUGCGAUAACUUUCCAAAGGAAAAGAUCAAAGAGAUGGCGACAAUGAUAGCGAGACUGAGCGGUGGGGUAGUCAUAAACAUACAUAAUGUGAAGACUAUUAUCAUGUUCCGUGGUAGAAACUACAGGCAGCCUAAGAAUCUCAUUCCUGUUAACACUCUCACAAAACGGAAGGCUUUAUUUAAAGCGAGAUUUGAACAAGCACUUGAAUCACAGAAGCUGAACAUCAAGAAAACAGAACAGCAGCUAAGGAGAAUGGGUGUUAACCCCGAAGAUCCAGUUGCGAUGGCUAGCAUCCAGAGAGUGGCCUCAACGUUCUUCAACGCGAUCGACAAGAAAGAAGGAAGCCCGUAUGUCUUUCAUGGAGAUAGUAAACAAUCAGAAAGAGAGACUAGUGUGGCAAAUAAAGAAGGAUCAGAACCGGUUGGUGAUGAAGAAGAUAGUGACCAGGAGGAGCUAGACAGAUUCAUAGCUGAGAUAGAAGAGGCGGCAGAUAAGGAGUGGGAGGAAGAGGAAGCUGCGGAGCAAGAGGAAACUGGUAGGAUAAGGUAUUGGAACAGAGAGGAGUUUGCAGGAAGAAGCAGAGACUCAAGUCAAGGCUUUAGAAGAAACGAAAGAGAUACACGUAGCCAGAGGAGAUCCAACCAUAAUGAUGAUGAGGAUGAUGACAGUGAUCGAUUGGAUAGUGAGGAUGAUGAUGAUGAAAUCCCAAAGAGAUUCGACAGGCCAAGAUCAAAUACAAGAAGGCAAGGAAAUGAUUUUAUGAGAAGAAGAAGCCCUGAUCCUCGUGAUGAAGAUGUGCUGAGUGAUCUUGAUAACACAAUGUGGGACUCAGGAGAUGAAGAAGAUGAACCGGCUAAUUAUGUUUCGAGCAGCAGCGAUGCGGAUGAAGAUGGAAGCAGGGGAGUAUCAGUAUCUAAACAGCCAAGAUUCAGUAACAAUAAUAGUUCAAGAGAGGGUGCUAACAAUUUGAAGACAAAGAGUGGGAAACAAAAGGAUGAGGAUUGGGAUAGUGAUUAGAAAUGAAGAACACGAGAGAUGUUAUUAACUCUGGUCUGAGUAUUCAAAGCUGAUAUGUCUGUUCUGUUGUUAAGCUUUGGUUUUGUGAUGAUCAGUGGAAGACGAAGAACAUGAUAUGCUAAAUAAAAACUUGUGGUAUUGCUUUACAAAGUUGUAAAAGAGUCAGACUUUUAAGAUGGCUUAAUUACACUGACGUAUCCAAUCACUUCACUACUGUUUA